AAGUAGAUAAACUAACAUAAACGAGUUUUGAACAGUGUUUAAUUUAAUUUUGAGAAAAAGAUCUUGUGUAAUAAGAAAUGUUAUGUUGUCAACAGUGUUAUUUGCAAUCAUUAUAAAAUAAUAUGUAAUUAAUAUCGUUGAUUUAUAAUUUCUUCGAUUUCUUUUGUAUUAUAAUUUCUCUUUUAUUACGAAACUUGCUAGGAAAGAAAUUUAGAUUAUAUUUAUGAAAAUCCAUUUAUUACUUCGUUUAAUUUUUUGUUAACGUUUAAUAUUUUCUACGGGAAUUAUAUAUUUUAUUUUUUUAUCUGACAAUAAACUAAAAUACAAAGUUUUAUUAAUCAUGAACACGGCUCCUGAUUCGAAAGAUGUGCAGGAAUUUCUGUUUAAACAAGCAAAUACAUCUCAAAUAUGUAAUAGUUUCGCAUCCAUUCCAAUAGCUUGCAAUCUUAUUACUGUAGACAGAAAAAGAGGAUUACUUUAUAUAGCAAAUAACGACAAAUUGAUUAUAUUAUCAUCAGGAAGCGAAAUUAAUGUAGAACGCAAAAUAGAAGUCAAUUUACCAUUCAUUAUAUCUAAGAUAACAUUUAAUUGUGAUUAUUCUUACCUUGCCAUUACACCAUUGGUACCUAAAGUAUUCAUCUAUGAUGCUCAUGCCUUCAUAAAACACGAUAUCGUUUUAUUACAUGAAAUUCAAUUAUCUUUAUCAAACGUAGAAACUUUUGUGUUAGAUUUACGAUGGAAUCCUAGUAUGCCAAGAAUGUUCUGUACUGUAACUACAGAUCAUAGUAUUGGUAAUUUUGAAAUAAAAGAUGGAAAGGAAAAAGCAGUUGGAUUAAAAGCUUUAGAGAAAUUAAAUGGAAUUGAUGCAUUAUGUUUGGCAUGGAGCCUUAAAGGAAAACAAAUUGUUGUAGGAUGUAAGAAUGGAAAUAUAGUGCAACUUAAGCCAGAUUUAAAAAUAGCUAGAAUAAUUACAGGACCUAAUCCUUACAUUGGUAAAGUUAUAUCGAUUUUAUGGAUUAGUAAUUAUCAAUUUUGUGCAGCUUAUUUAAAUGAAGAACACCAUAUCAAUGUACUUAUUAUUGAUGCUCCUAAAGGAGAAACAAAUGCAAUUUUUACAUGUUACGAAGAUAUUACAUAUGGAGUCUUUGAGACAGAAGGAAAUAAAGAUACUCCACGUUAUUAUUUUGAUUAUGUGCAAGAGUGGGGUCUCAUUAUUGCAGCAAGUAGUUGGAGUAGUGAAGUAGCUGUUUUAGGAUCAACAGACAAUGGUAGUAGCUGGAAUCAAUGGAUAUUGAUCGAUAGUGGUAGAGCACAGUUACCACUUAUCAAAACGACAGAAAGUUAUCCAGUUGGUUUGGUCAUAGAUAAAACACCAGUACAAAAAUUACCAUGGGGAACUGAUACAACUCUUCCACAUCCUGUUCCCAUGCUUCAUAUUUUAGGAACUUCUGGUCAAUUGUGUAGUUUUCACAUGGUUAAUUUAACUCCCAAUUGUCCUGGCAUUACAUCGCCACCUACUGAGAUUGUGAACUUAUUACCAUCUUCUCCGAACAUGUUACCUUCUAAUGUAUCAUUAAGUUCAGCAAUAACUAGUACUCCGUGCCCAAAAGAAAAUCGAAAUAUAACACCUGAACGUCCUAAAACAGCAAUAGCAAAUAUCUUUGGUGAUUCAUUAAAAGCUGCUGGAUUUUUUCAACAGCCUCCACCAACUAUGGUAAAUACUGCGGAGGAAAAAGUAUCAAUUCCUGUUAAAAUUGAUGUCAAAUCAGAUAUUCCUAAAAAGUCACUUUCUCAAGAAGUUGAAAAAGUGGAUCCCAAGUCUACUGUGACAAAAGAAGUACAUACAAGUGAACCUGUUGUUGAACAAAAAGUACAGAUCGAUGAUAGUAUUUAUGUACGUGCUUUUACAGAAUUACUUACUCUUUUUGAGAAAGAAUUACAAAACAGAUUAGAACCACAAAUAUGGGAGUGUGGAUCAGAAGAAGAAAGAAAACAAUUAGGAGGAAGAUCAGCUAUUAUAGAUCAAUUUCUUACUGAAUUACGAGAAACUACAAAUAGUCUAUCCACCGAUAUUGCUUAUUUAAAGGCUUUACUUUUGCAAUCCUUUGCUUGGGUUGAAGAAGCUAAAUCGAAAAACGCAGUAAAUUCUGAAGGUACUACUAGAAAUUGUGAAAAUAGUAAAAUAGCAGAUACUCAGAGACUUUUUUAUUAUACUCAAUCACAACUUUCACAAGCCAACAAAGUUCUUGAUUUUGAAUGGUCAGAGCAUAUAUAUCAGAAAAAAUCUAAAAUGAAAAUUCCUAGUUUGGAAUUUCUUUAUCAAAAUCUUGUAUUGCAUAAUAAGAUUAUUAUAAAGGAAAAAAGUAAAAUAGAACAACUUAAUAAAAAGUUGAAGUCGUUAAAUCGUACAAAUAAAAUUUCUGGAUUGAAUCAUAUGAUGAAUAAUUUGAAAGUAUCAUCUAAAGGAACAUCAAGUCUCCAUGGAAAUACAGAUGUUAUUGAUGCACGGUGUAAAACUAUUGCUUCUAAAACGCUUAGUUUUACAUAUGAAAAACAAUUAAAAUUGAAAAAUUUACUUCUAGAAUCAUCGCCAAAAUUGAUAAAGCCUGCAAGCCCAUCUCCUAUUCAAGAUCGUUUAAAGGCUACUUUAUCCUCUUUAGCAUCUCUGAGUCCUGUAAAUACAGAUUCUAAAAACAGGAUAGAACAGCCUGUAACCAAAUAUGAUACAGUAGAGAAACAAGCUGUAGAAGGAAUUAAACCGCAAUGUCCUUUGGCCUUAUUGAACAAUGUUGUUGCCAAAAUUGGAUCACCCGAUGCAAAUUCAAUUUCGAUUCAAAACAAAACACAAGGCAAACAGUCAUCCAAUAUCAUUACUUUUCCUCCUCCAUCUGUGAACAAAUUUUCACAAAUUGAUAAAAAAUCCAGUAUUCAGACUGCAUAUCCAGAAAGUUUUGAAUCAUUAUCUAUUGGGAAAAAUAAUGCUACUGCGGAUUUAACAGCACAAAAAACUUACAGUAAUAUAUAUGCUAAACCGUUAUCUAAAGAUACAGAAAUCAAAAAUGAUAAUCAAACAUUGACAAAAAAUGCUUUCCUUAAUUCUGAAUCAAUGUCAUUUUCAAAUAACACAUUGACUAAUGCAUUACCAUUAGAACUUUCAUUGGCCAAAAGUCAAUCCAUGCCACGAAAUAUUUCCUCUUCAGUGACAAUAACACCAGUUGCAACAUCAACAAUUGCUAAAACUGAAUCUAUUAAUACAUUUAGUUUUGCUAAUUCAAAUAUGUUGCCUCCAAUUGGAAAAAAUUCGUCAUCAAACCCUCCUACGUCUGCUUCAAAACUAUUUUCUUUUGUUUCGGAAACUAUAAGUUCCAUUUCAUUUUCAGUAACAAAUUCGCCAAAAGAAUUGUUGGAUUUGACGGGAUUAUUUUCAGAUAUCGAGAAAAAUGAUCAGGGUGAAAUUACAUCUUUUAUAAAUAACGAAAAUAUUCCAGUAAAUAAUACGGUGAAAUUAUUCUCUUCAAACGAUACUAAUCCUGCAGCUUUUACCACACAGGCUACAACUAAUAAUAAUACAUAUGGAAAUUUAACAUCAAAACCCAAUGUAGAAAAAACUUCUGAAGCUUCAGUUAUACCUACUUCUGGAACAGUUAGUACAAGUGAUAAAACAACAUCUAUAUUUGAACCAAACAAUACUCCAAUACAAUCAUUGAAUACAUCAACAUUAAAUACACCAACAUUAUUUAGUGGACAACCAACAACUUCCAAUGCAUCUAUUUUUGGAGGAAGUUCAUCUACUAUUUCAGCUGAAUCUACUUUUGCAAUAACUAAAACCACAUCUUCUGCAUCACCAAUUUUUGGAUCACAAACAACUACUUCAUCUUCUCCAAUUACAUUUAGUGGAUUUUCUUUUACUCCUUCAAUAAUACCUGACUUUAGUACAACUACUACAAAUCAAAGCACUACUUCGCAAUUUUAUAGCUCUUUAUCUAAACCUAUAUUUGGUCAAUCUAAUAUAACCUUACCAACAACAAAUGCAACUGUGGUAACUACUUCAUCUACCACAUUACCUUUUGGUAGCACUACAACAGUGUCAUCAGUUACAUCAGAUUUUGGAGAAGCUGCACAAACAACAGUUACAAGUUCUCAAUUCCCUACAACAACGUCCGUUACUUCAGUUACAAAUAUCUUCGAAAAAGCAACUAUAACAUCUGCUUCUAUACCAUUUAACAAUUCUUCAACUACACCUCCAUUUGGUAGUAUAUCUACGCCUUCAUCAACUGCCUCUAUUUUUGGAUCAAAUGCUCCAUCAUCUACAAAUACAUCUAUAUUCGGUGGAAAUUCUUCUACCACAUUUGGUUCGACUUCAACAGGAUCGAUUUUUGAUAAUAACGCUACAAAUAGUUUAAUAUUUGGAGGUGGAGGAGCUACAUCAGGAUCUAAUUCUUUAUUCAGUGUUAAUCCAAACACUGCAUCUUCAACGGCAGUUGCUAGUUCUCCUUCUGGAUCGAUAUUUGGAAAUGCUGCACCAGCAAUAGGAAAUGCUACUUCAGAAUCUUCCUCUAUAUUUGGAGGUUCUACGAGUAAUAUUCCUACUACAGGGGCAACUUCUGUAUUUGGAACUCCAGUAAAUGGUACACCACCAAUGGUAGGUGGAGGUACAUCAUCUGUAUUAGGAUCACAAUCACCCUUUGGUCAAGCAUCUGCUUUUGGUGCUAAACCAGUAUUUGAAUCACCGCCUGGAAUAUUUGAAGCAUCUAAAUCAGUUUUUAGCUCAAUGGGAUUUGGAGGAACAGGAUUUGGUUCUACUUCACAAGGAGGAUUUGGAAGUCCACCUUCUAUAGGUGGAAGUCCUUCGCCACUUGGAGAUACUAUGUCAACUGUAUUUGGAAAUACAACAGGUAGUAAUACAUUUGAAUCCUUAGCUAGUCAAUCUGGUGGUCUCACUUUUGGUAGUUUAGCUCAAAAAACUUCAGAGCCUGAAAAGCCUGUAUUUUCAGGGGGAAGUUCAUUUUCUAAUUGGCGAUGAAAAUAGAGAAUAUAAUGUAAUAAUUGCAUAGAGGAAAAGAAAAAUGUAAAAAUUA